UUUUUGCAGAGUACUUACAAGAAAAUUGUGUAGUUUCUCAAUACAAUAUGUCAGGUUCACUGAGAAAAAUGGCGUUGCUGAAAGGAGAAAUCGCACUCUCAUGGAUAUGAUCAGAAACAUGAUAAGUAGAACAAAUCUUUCAGAGUUUUUUAUGGGGUGAAGCACUCAUGACUGCAACUUAUAUUUUAAAUCGUGUUCCCAGUAAAUCUGUUCAUAAGACCCCUUUUGAGUUGUGGACUGGGCGGAAGCCUAGUCUGAAUCAUCUUCGUGUAUGGGGUUGUCCAGCUGAAGUACAGAUUUAUGAUCCUAAUUUGAAAAAGUUAGAUCCGAGAAGAAAUCACUGUUAUUUCAUUGGUUAUCCAAUGCGCUCAAAAGGAUAUCGCUUUUACUGUCCUACUUGUGGUACGCGAAUUGUUGAAUCUCAGACUGCUAAAUUUCUGGAAUUUGAUGUUGCUGACAAUAUUCCUUCAACAUCUCUUGAAAUAGGGGAGUCAUCUAAAGGAAUUUGUAUUCCUAUGUCAUUUUCAAGAGAUGAUAAUAGUAGUCUCCAUCCUACUCCAGUUGGUAAUGCUCCCAUUGUUGAUGAAUACAUUGCUCCCGAUAUCUAAGAUGACGAGGGUCCUGCUAUUGAUGAGGAACCUAUUAUUGAAGAAGGUUUUGUUGUUGAUGAGGGUCUUGUUAUCAGAGAAAUCUAAUUGUGGAAUAUGUCAUUCAAAAUAAUGGUCAAUAAAUAGAGGUUAUUCCAGAAGUACCUCCUAUAUGGAGAUCUCAAAGACAAAAGAUGUCAAUAAGGUGUGAUGAUAAAUUUAUUUACCUUGGAGAAGGUGAAUGUGAUCUUGGUCAUUUUGUGGAACCUCUUACUUUUAGUGAAGCACUUAAUAGUCCACAUUCUUCAAAAUAGAUAGAAGCUACGGAUGAUGAGAUCGACUCCAUGAAGAAAAAUGGUGUAUGGGAGCUAGUUUUAUUACCUGAUGGUUUCAAACCAAUAGGUUGCAAAUGGAUUUUUUAAGAACUAAAAGGGAUAAAAAGGGACAUAUUGAAAGGUUUAAAGCGUGUUUAGUGGCUAAAGGCUUUACUCAAAGAGAAGGUAUUGAUUACACUCAAAAUUUUCUCACAUGUUUCCACUAAAGAUUCAUUCAUAAUUAUUAUGGACUUAGUUGCGCAUUUUGAUUUAGAGUUGCAUCAAAUGGAUGUUAAAACUAUUGUUCUGAAUGGAGAAUUGAGUGAGCAAAUUUUUUAUGUCUCAAUCUGAAGGCUUCGAGGAAAAUGGAAAUGACAAUUUGUUUUGCAAAUUGAAAUGAUCCAUUUAUGGUCUCAAACAGGCAUCUCACCAGUGGUACUUGAAAUUUGAUAAGGUUGUGUCACUGUUGGGUUUCAUCGAGAACAAAUUUGACUAGUGUAUUUAUAUGAAGAUCAGUGGGAGACAUCAUAUUUUUCUUGUUCUUUAUGUAGAUGAUAUUUUACUUGCCAGCAGUGAUUUGUCAUUACUAAAUGAGACCAAAAAUUUUUUGUCUUCCAAUUUUGAUAUGAAAGAUCUUGGAAAGGCAUCCUAUGUUUUGGGGAUUGCCAUCCAUCGUGACAAGAAUCGAAAAGUUCUUUGCUUAUCUCAAGAAGCUUACAUUAAUCGUGUGCUCAAAAGGUUCAACAUGGAUUUGUGUAAAGCUGGUUCUGUUCCUAUUCUGAAAGGGGACAAAUUUACUAAGCAACAUUGUCCCAAGAACGACUUAAAAAGAGAAGCAAUGAAGAAUAUCUCAUAUGCAAAUGUAGUUCAUAUCUUGUUGUGAUCAUUGUAUAUUAAGUAUAUUUGCUUAAUGACAAUGAUAUUUUGUUGGCUUAAUUCUUAAGCAAAUUUAGUGACACUGACUUAUUUAUUAAGUUGUGUAUGUUUAAUUUCACUGGCUUAUUUAUUAAGCAUCGCGGUAUCAGUGAAAUUGAGGACUGAUAAGGAUAUUAUGUUAUUUUAAAUUGAUCACAUGUUGAACAUAAUUCCUUACCACACUACUAGACUUAUUGACCAUGUCGAUUUAAUACUUUGGUAUUUGUGAUUAUGAAUGUCUUUUGUUGAGUUAAAAACAAUAUGACUGUCAUAGUUCAUUAUCAAAGGUUAAAUUGGACCGGUAUGUUGAGAUGCUAUCAGAGAACUAUCAAUUUUUAAAGUGGCCACAAAUGUUUUCCUGUUGUUCAACCCAUGAGUCGUUUUCAAACAAAAUUAUUUUAAUAUAAUAUAUAUGUAUUAAAAUCAAUGUAGCCCAAGUGGGAGAAUGUUAGACUUUUAUUUGGGCUUACAUUAAAUUUUAUUGGUUUUAUUAAAACUUGGGUUGAUUGGAUAGUUCUUUGCUGUGUUAGCCCAUGUUGUUGGUGAUCAAUUGUUAAUGGGCUUAGCAUCUGUGUGUAAAGUCUAGGUGAAGCAGAAGUGUGGGCUUUUCUAGUUGACUGAAGCCUUUGAUGAGCAGGCCCAGCCCAACUAGGGUUUUGUAGCUAAGUCCCCUCCCUAACUCUAUAAAUACAUAUUGUCUCAUCACAAUUGUAUACCUUUUGAUAAUCAGAUAAAUAAACUGCUUCUGAUUUAGAGAUCUAGGGAGGAAGACUUAGUUGAUAGUAUUGCACUAUCAAAGUGGAGUAACUGCUGUGGAUCAAACAGAGAUAAUUGCUAUGGAUCAAUCAGGUACGCAUACCUAAUUAUUAUAUAUUAUUAUUGUGUUCUAUGUUAUAUACAAAUAGAUCUUGGGUUUAUUAUUAAUUUUUCUAACAAUGUUUCCUUAACUAUUUCAACAUCAAUAUUUAUUUUAUUUUUGGGUUAACUUAAGAACAUAUUUAAAUUAUAAGCUUUUUUAAACACUAAUAUAUUGCAUCCGAUAUUUACUUUUAAUUAUCAAAAUUAUAAAUUAUAUUAUUUAUAGGUACAUAAUAAUAAUCUCACUUAAUAACUAAUUAUAUUUUUUCUUCAAUUUUUAAUUGUAUCACUUUUAAAUAAAGUAAAAAAUACCUAGCAUAAAAUUUAGUAUACGUGCCUCGCACGUAGCUUUUUGCUAGUAUAUAUAUAUCUAACAUAAAUAAUUUAACCAUAAAUAAGUAUAAUUAUUAAUCAUAUCUUGUGACCGAAGUACAGUAUAUUUCUUCCCAUGUUGGUUCAAACAUAAAUUACAAAAUAAAUCACGAGAUUUUUAUUUAAAGCAAGAUUAUUGUAAAGUAUUCUGUUCAAACUACUUCCCAAUCCAACCUACUUUAUAGCAAAUGCACUUGUUGUUUGUUAGUGCAAUUAACACACAAAAGCAAAUCGAUAUAGCCAUGAAUAUGUAUUUUUUGAAGUGAUAAAUCGAAUUUACUAAAGAGAAAAAUUCCAAAAUCCAUAAAUCCAAAAGAAGAAAAGAAAAAGAGAAAGACUAGUUUUCUGAGAAUGAAGUAAAACUCUUCUUUUCUUCCUUUUUUUUUUGUUGCAUAGAAUGGUGGUGUGGGGGUAGUUGCACUACUUUUGAAACAAAUAACACCCAUUUAACUCUUUUCAAUGUGUCAGAUCAAAUCAAACACUUCCCAACUUUAUUCUACUCUUUAUAUGUGUAUGUAACAAUUAAUUAACCCCCCUUCUCUCAUAACUUGUUACAUAACACAAUAAUUUUAUAGAACAAGUGAGUGGAAUCAGUUAGUUCAUUUAAUGAUACCUUUAUUUCAACAUUAUUGUCUCAUUACAAACAUGAAAUUUUGUUAACAACCAAGUGACCAACCCAACCCCCUUCAAUCAAUAAAGAUGGAAGAAAAUUACCAAUUUACUGUGCGAGCAAUUGUCAUUAAGUACUUCAAAAGUCAAAAACAAGGAGGAGUGAGUGUGAAAGUGACCUGAGUUAAGAAAAAAUAAAAUAAAAUUAAUGGUGGUGAUAAGACAUGAAACUGUAUGUUAAAUAAAUAAAUAUAUAAAAGUGAGUAAAUAGAAGUAGGGACCACCAAAGAGUUGGGUGGGUGGUGAGACAGAGAAUCGUUUAUAGAAGACUGGUCAGAAAGAAGGAAAAAGCCAAAUAGGCCUAAAACGGCCUUCCUCUCUCUCUUUUCCUCGCACACUUUAUUUUUUUGCACUUCUUUUCAAAUUGGCCAAAUCCGUACUUUUUUCUCACCCGUCACCAACAAGGAAACCAAAAAAAACACCACAAAACCAUAUUAUAUAUAAAGGAGAGGAAAAUAAAGUCGAAGGAAUAAAGUUAAAAAAGAAAAAAUAAACAUGUUAAUUUGCUAAUGACAAUGUGCUUUUUGCUAGUUCCACUCUUGUAUAGAGACUAUAUAGACUAUAGAGUAAAGUAAUAAAGUGGUGUGGAAUUAGUAGAAACUAAUUACUGAGUACUAUUGCAAGUCAUUUUCACCGUUUCACUUUUCUUCAGGCCAAGUUAAAAGAGAACGACGAUGUUUUUCCUGAUUCUUACUUUCCAAACGACGUCGUUUCAGGCCUGUUGUCCUUGGAGUUAUUUUUCCCUAUAACAUUGGAAAACGAUCCACGGAGUGUCUCUUUCUAAUAAAUAAAAUUAAAUAGACAAAAUCAUUAUAUUUUUAAUAUUAUAAAGACACUAAGAAAGAAGUGCAUAAGCUCAGAUUUUCUCUGAACACAAAAACCAUACUUACUUACUCCAAAGAAUUUUCAGACCAACCCCCACAAAUUCUCUAUCUUUUCAUUUCUCCCCGUAGUUUUCCGAGAAAAUUAUCACUACCAAAUAUAAAAGUAUUAUGUAAUGUAAUAAAAACUUUACCGUUUCACUACACUUGUAGAGUAGAGUUGUUUGUUUCCUGGGAAAAACUCAGCAGAAACCAUGAUAUUUCCUUGUCUUUCUAUUCCCAUCUUCCGUUACUUGGCUCUUUAGUGGAAACCCAACCUUGAAAACCACUUAUUUUAGUUCGAUACGUCACCUGGGUUUGCUUUUCUUUUGUUUUUUUCUCUCCAUUAUCGGCACGGCAACCGAACUUUGACCGCAGAAUAUUUCUUUUGGUUUUACAUUGUUAUUUUUCUCUUUCUUUCUCGAAGCAUUUUUUUAUGGUUUAGGAGUCGUGGUGGAGGUUUGAUUUUCAACAAUGGCGGACCCAACUAAGGUACGAUUGGUUCGGUGCCCGAAGUGCGAGAAUCUUCUUCCGGAGCUAGCUGAUUACUCUGUCUAUCAGUGUGGUGGUUGUGGAACUGUUCUUCGAGCAAAAAUCAAACGUCAAGAUGGGGAUAAUUUGUCAGAGAAGUCAGACGAGGACAGGGUUGGUGGAGUUUCUGCAAAAUUGGAUAGUUGCUUGGAGAAUAGAGAAGUUGAUUUGUGUGAUGCUUCUAGUUCAGAAGUUAAGUUAAAUUCUGGUUCUUUGAGGCGUAACCAAAGUCACUGCAAGUCUGAAAAGGCUGCAGCUGAUGUUAAACCUGCUGAGCUUUAUAGGAAUCAAUCUAAGGUUACAGCUGAUGAAUGGGUCGACGAGAAUGGUGUUGAUAUGAACAAAAAUAGAGGUGAAGUGGGCAAUGUCCCUGGACGAGAAGUUGGGGAUCAAAAUCCAGAACUUGGUCCAACAAGCGCAUUCCGAAGAUCAGGAAGGAUGACAGAUUGGAAAUUUGGGGAUAGAGGUCAAAGAGAAGACUUGGGAAGGAAUCCAAGAGCUGAGGUUGAAGGGGUGAGGUUUUCAACUUCAAAUUAUCCUGAGGAGGGCCCAUCAAAUUACCAGAUGAGUGGUUCUCAUGGUCUUGGUGAAUCAUUGAAGAAACAUAGUGUCCCAGAUGGGCCUAGAGUUCCAUAUGUUGAUCAAGACCGAGCUGAGCUUUUGAAGAAGCUGGAUGAGUUGAGGGAUCAACUUAGCCGGUCUUGUGAUGUAGCUGACAAGCCUAAAGAGAAGAUUCCUCUUGAGGGAGUUAUGGUCCCUCCACCAGAUGCUUAUGGUGGCUCUGAUGCUUGGCUGCCAGAUGGUUCAUCAGGAUCUAAUAGGGGUUUUGUGCAGUAUGUUAGACCUGAUAAACAUGUGUCUGGAUCUCCUUAUUACAGUCACUAUGCUGAACCAUUUCCUUAUAGCAAUGGCUAUGAAAUGCCUGCUCAAAGUCUUUAUCCUCCAAUACAUUAUCAAAAUCAUGUUCCUGGAUAUGGAGAUCCUUUUGGAUCCCAAAUGGUUACUGGAGGUUCACGUCCCUUUCCUAGACAAUACCAACAUCCUUCUCAUCCAUACUUUUCAGGACAGUAUAUGGAGAAUAAUCCAGAUCCUUUUGAGCCAUACUCACACAAUGCAACAUUUCACCAACCUUCUUGCUCUUGUUUUCGCUGCUAUGAAAAGCACAAAAGGGCUUCUGCUCCUGUUCCACCCUCUACAUUCAGCAAUAAACGGUUUGCUGAUGGCCCUAGCAAUCCAAUGUUGUUUCACCAUGAAAACAAUGGAGUAAGUGGUCCAUCCGAUCCUAACAAAUCUAGGACAGUUAUGCAUUCAAAUUUGCAUGCUGUACAAUCCCAUACUAGGUGGCCAAGUGAUCUUAACCAUGACAUGGGUUGUGUUCGUAAUCGUGCUCGAAGGGUGAUGUUAGCAUCUGGUUGUCGUCGUUUCCAUCCUCUUGGUGCUGGAGCUCCAUUUCUAACUUGUAGGAAUUGUUUUGAAGUUUUGAAAUUGCCAAGUAAGCUUACGGGGAAGACUCACCACAAAGUGAGGUGUGAGUCCUGUUCUACUGUAAUGAGUCUAGUUAUCAUCGAUAAGAAAGUUGUUCUUUCUACUGAUUUAGAAAAAGUUCAAAAUGCCACAGAGGAUAACGGCUUCAAUGAGGCUGUUAACAACAGUACUUUAUAUUCGCAUCGCCAUAUGAACCGGACUUAUGCUAACUUCUCUUCAGAUGAUUAUGAUAAUUCUGGAUAUGAUUUUCAAUCAAUGGACAGAGAACCAGUUUCAGUUCCCGUAGGUCAUUGUGUGAACUCAACCAAACCUCAAGAGAUGCAAAGCUUUCAUUCAUCAUCUCCAUGUACCUCUGAGGAUGAAAACAGCCCAGAAGCUCCUAUGUGUACAAGAGAGGUUUCCAAUUCUGCUCAGCAUCCAAUCAAAACCAAUUCGCCGCCACCACCUGCUGGAUCUCCUUUGCAAGACCAUUUUGACUACUCAGCUAACAGUCAAUUGGUGAACCGGCUUGGGAAAGGAAACCGGAGUAAUCGUUCAGACCAAGAGAAGGUGAAACCAAGUAAAAUCACCUCCAGGCAGAAUUCUUUGAAAGAAGCAUCGCUGGCAACCGAGAUGGAGGUUUCAUUCAAUGAGUACUCUAAUACUGUAAUUUCUCAAGAUUCAGGGGAUGGAAGCAGAGGGGAUGAUCAGCCGAAAGCGAACAAGGGAGGUGAAUCUUUCUUUUCUAACAUUAAAAAGAGCUUUAGGGAUUUGUCAAGAGCUAAUCAAACCGAUGAUCGGGGAAAAUGCAAUGUUUGGGUGAAUGGACACCCCAUAUCAGACCGUGUACUAAAGAAGGCUGAAAAACAAGCUGGACAUGUCCAUCCUGGACAAUAUUGGUACGAUUAUCGGGCUGGAUUUUGGGGCAUUAUGGGUGGGCCAUGUCUUGGCAUAGUUCCUCCAUAUAUUGAAGAAUUUAAUUAUCCCCUGCCAGAGAACUGUGCUGCUGGUAACACUGGUGUUUUUGUGAACGGGAGAGAACUUCACCAAAAAGAUCUGGAUUUGCUUGCUAAUAGGGGGCUGCCUGCUAGUAGAGACAGAUCAUACAUCAUUGAGAUUUCGGGGAGAGUCCUGGAUGAGGACACGGGAGAAGAACUAGAUUGCCUCGGAAAACUAGCCCCCACGGUCGAAAAGGUAAAACACGGAUUCGGCAUGAAGCCUCCGAAAGUAGCUAUUUCAUCAACUUGACAGGAGCAUAAGCUAGAAGAGUAAAUUCUCAGUUCUUCCCAGCAUCAUAUACAUCAUUGGAUAUAUAGAAUAUGCCUUAUUUGCGUGCAAGCCUAGCCCCAAAAUUGUGAAGUUUUUGCCUGUGAUUAAUUUAAUUCAGAAUUCUCUGACUCUUGCAUUGCAAAUCCUAAGUGAUGGGAUGCCAUGUUUUGCAAUUAUACAUGUCAACCAUUGUUGUUUUAGAUCAUUUCUUUCUGGUUUUAGUUUGAGUUAGUUUUCUUCUAUAGGUGGUUUGGUUUGUAUCUCUUUUAUUUUUUCAAAUGUAUUAUUCAGGUUUAAUGAGGUAAUUCAGUAUCCUUAACUCUUUAAUUGUAUAUGGAUUAUUUAGUAAGGGAAAUAGGAAAAUGAUGUGGAUUUUGCGUUGGUGCUUUUACAAUCAUAAUUCACUGUCUUUGGUUUUUUGGCUAA